CUAGAGUGGAAUCAUUCCCCUCAGUUCCGAAUUAUUCUUCAAAUUGUGAAAUGGAGCGAGAAUUACAACAAAUGCGAGUUUUGGUUGGAGCGCCAUUGAGACAACCACCAAAGCAUCAGAUAGUGGCAGAUCCAUUGAUGCCUUUGUUUUCUUCUAUUGAUUCAGAUGCUGCCCAUCUCAAUCAUGAAAAUACUUCAGGUUCCUUUCAUGAUGAAAAAAUUAUUCGCCCUGAAGGUUUGAAUGAUUUUUUUGUGUUCUGCACCAGUGAUUUUGCUACUGUCUCUAAGGAGGUUCAUGUCAGAACUCGUAGGGUCCGGUUACUUGGCCUUGAGGGUGCUGGUAAAACUUCUCUUCUUAAGGCAAUACUUAGUCAAAGUAGAGUAAACACUAAUGCCUAUGUUGAGAAUAUGCUUCCUGAGAGUGAUGAUCAAGAAGGGAUUGCUGGUGGUUUAUGCUACUGUGUUUCAGCAGGGGUAAAUUUGCAGGAUCUGAAUAGGGAAGUUUCUCGUAAGAGUAAGGUGGAGGAUAAGGUUGUGGGUUUGAGAUCCACUUGCAUGUAUAACUUAGAAUUAAAGAAAAGUAGUGGCCCAGGCAUUUUGACCCUGAUUAUCCUUCUUGGACAUGCUUGAUAUUAGUUCACUUGUGGGGAGCCAAUUAACUGUAGUUCACAGGAUACUUUCUCCUGCCAUAAAGAAUGGGUGGAGGUGGACAUUCUUCUACCAGAGGUUGUUAAGUUGUUUACAUUGAAAAGGACCUAGUUGAAGUGUUUAUAUUUACCAACUCAUGAAGCAAUGUAGAUGCUUCAUAGUUAAUGAUUAUGAUGAGAUAAGGCCUUUAACAUUAGGAUAGAUGGAGUUUAGGCAGAGUAUGCCCUCAGUUUCAGAGAUGAACUAUGGAUGGGAAUUCGUGAUCUUAGUCGGAAGACAGAUCUGAUUGGUCUUGUGCAUAACCUGUCACAUAAAAUACCUCGAUACAAUCACUCAGAUUUGUCACAACAGAAGCCAGUCCUUUCUCUUCUGUUGGAUGAGGCCAAAUCUCUAGGAAUCCCUUGGGUUCUUGCCAUAACAAACGAAUUUUCUGUUAGUGCACAUCAGCAAAAAGCAGCAAUAGAUGCUGUGGUGCAGGCAUACCAAGCUUCUUUAAGCUCAACUGGAGUAAUCAAUUCCUGUCCAUUGCCUGGUGUUGCAAGUGCUUCUUUGUCUUGCGGUGCAACUGGCGGAGAUUCUGAUGGGAGGAUGGGUGCUAAGCUUCUUUUUGCCCCGAUCAAUCUUGUUUGGAGGCCUUUCCAGUAGAAAGAUAUUGUUCUUUCAGUGGAGGGUGUUGCCUCUCUUUGUCAGCUAAUCCACCGUGUGCUUCGAAGCCAAGAGGAAGACUCUUUCCAGGAACUUGCUAAAGAUAGACUUAUGGUGGAGUUAGCACGAGAACAAGCAAUGGUUAUAGAAGCAAGUAGAGAUGCUCAGGCCAAGGCAUCCUCCUUAACAGCUGCAGCUGUGGGUGCUUCCCUCGGUGCCAGUCUUGGUAUUGUCUUGGCUGUUGUGAUGGGUGCAGCAUCUGCUUUGAGGAAGCCCUGAGAAUUUACUCCAUUUUUUUUUUUUUUAAUUUUAAUUUUUCUAGAAUUGAGAGUUUGGUAAUUUUAUUUUUAUAGUUUUCCCAUGUGGCCAUUUUUGUCAAUACCAGAGUUAAUCAUCUUACAAGGCAUUUCUUCACAUAGGCAAGGGGCUUAGGCUUCUCUUUGAAGUUCUAUUUGUUUAUUUAUAGUUUUGAACCUAUGCCAUCUCUUCUGGAUGUACAGAUUGUAUAUGUUGGUGAACAAUGUCAUUGAUGGUUUCAAGAAUAUACCCCAGUA